AGGUACCUCUACGUGUGCCAUGCCGAGUUGAAUGCCAUUUUGAACAAGAACUCCUCCAGCGUCAAGGACUGUCGCAUAUACGUAGCACUCUUCCCCUGCAAUGAGUGUUCGAAGCUCAUCAUCCAGUCGGGCAUCCGCAAAGUUCUGUACUACUGUGACAAAUACUCGGAGACCACGAGUAUAAUCGCCUCCAAGCGACUGUUGACCAUGGCGGGUGUGGAGUACGAGUGGACCGACUUGAGGGCUUUGGCUUGCUUUGAUACUGCGUAUUCUUAUGACCAGCCAUAGCCUUCUGUUUUUUUAGAAGGAUAUGGACUAGCCUUUCACAAGUCCGUCGCAUUCGAGUGAGAAACAAGAUGGAAACAAGAGGGUGUUCGUAUGCGUUGACGCAGUCUCGGGGUCUGCUAUUCUACAACACAACCUCGCUCGGCAAUCCGUUUGAUAGUAAGAGUGUGGGGCGACACGAGCGUAUGUUUAGUUUAAAACGUUUUUCCUCGUCUGCUCACCCAACGCAUAGGGAAUAUCGGCCGAAGAUGAAUGCGAUAACGAUCGAUUUCACGGCAAUACUAUAAAACGGAAAUGUGCCACGACGAUUAAGAGACCACGUGGUUACAACAAUGAGACAAAGAGGAGGUGCGGGCUGUCAUCUUUCUGGAAUAUAAACACUAAACAAUUGAUUGUAAAAAAACAUAGAAAAAAUAUUUGAAUAAAAAUCA